UACACCACUUCCGAAGCAGGAAGUGCAAAGAAAAAAAUAAAUAAAAAUAAAACAAUAAAAAACUGUGUGCGCGUGCAGUCCAGAAAUACGGCCUAUUCCUAUUACUAUCCGGCAGGUUCCUAUUACCUGAGUAAAUAAAUGAUCCUUCAAAUGUAUCAAGUUAGAUGUGCUAAUUAGUGACGUAGUGGUAAACAUAGAAGAAAAAUGGUUAGCGAUAUUAGAAACUGCGAUAAAAUCCCAGUGGCGUGAUGUUUCGAAGUCGCAGUUGGUUUGGGGGUGGUUGGGGCCGACCCAAGAACCCUCACUCUUUGGAGAGAUUGAAAUAUUUGCAUAAUAUCCUAUGUAAGAAUACAACAGUCUCUGAGAGUAAUCGCGGUAUUCUGGUGGAGUCUUUACGUUGCAUAGCAGAGAUCCUGAUAUGGGGAGAUCAGAAUGACAGCUCUGUGUUUGACUUCUUUUUGGAAAAAAAUAUGUUAUCAUAUUUCCUUAGGAUUAUGAGGCAAAAAUGUGGGGGAUCUUCGUAUGUGUGUGUACAAUUACUGCAAACUCUUAACAUAUUAUUUGAAAACAUAAGGAAUGAAACAUCAUUAUAUUAUUUACUUAGUAAUAACCAUGUCAACUCAAUAAUAGUUCAUAAGUUUGAUGUUUCUGAUGAAGAAGUUAUGGCAUACUAUAUAUCAUUCCUGAAGACUCUGAGCCUUAAAUUGAACAAUCACACUAUUCAUUUCUUUUAUAAUGAGCAUACAAAAGAUUUUCCUUUGUACACUGAGGCAAUAAAGUUCUUCAACCAUCCAGAAACAAUGGUUCGAAUAGCAGUGAGAACGCUGACAUUGAAUGUAUAUAGAGUACAAGAUGCCAGUAUGUUGAGGUUUAUAAGAGACAGAACUGCUGCUCCAUACUUCAGCAAUUUAGUUUGGUUUAUCGGUAAACAUAUUCUGGAGUUGAAUGCCUGUGUCAGAAACGACGCUGAGACUGUUGUUGUUUGCAGCCAUCAAUCCCAACAGAAACUAGAUGACCUAGUUGCCGAACAUUUAGACCAUUUACAUUACAUCAAUGACAUACUAUGUCUAAACAUUCCAGAUCUCAAUGAUGUCCUGACUGAACAUCUUUUACAUAAACUGUUAAUACCUCUAUACAUAUAUUCUCUCACGUCCGAAUCGAACAAACGUCCUGUAACUUCUUCUCCAUACAAUCGAGACCAUUUGCAAAGUAUUGAAGUUAUAACAAGGAAUUUAGAAGCAAUUUUGACAGGAAAAACCACAGAUACACCUUCAAGGAUUAACUAUCCUUUACAAAGAAUAGAAUCAGACGAUGAGACAAAACCAUCAGUUUCAUGUGUUGUUUCCUUAUUCCUUUUAUCUCAAGUUUUUCUAAUAAUUACGCAUGGCCCAAUUGUUCACGCAUUGGCCUGGAUAAUUUUACAGGCCGACUUAUCAGUCUUCGAAGACGGGGUGUCAAAAAUAUUGGACAUGUACGUCAGUAAUGCGAAGUCAAGUGUUAAACUUGAGUUUUCUAAACCUCAACUAAGUUUGGAAAAAGCUUUAGAAAAUACUUCCUGUCCUGAUAGAGAUUAUACUACUCCAGAAUAUUCUGGAGCCAAAGCGUUUGGUUACGAUACCGAUCAAUCGAGUUGCGAUCUCGAUCCAGAGUUAGUUUCUACAUCUCUUCCGUCCACAUCUCAUAUAAGUGAAUCUUCAAGUAUAGCCCACGAUUCAACUGAAGAUUUAGUAACCCAAAUUCAACAAGUCAAAGCUGAUAGUUCUAUGACUUUGUCUAAAGCAAAUAUGCCGGAUUCACCUUUACCAGAUUCGGGUAUAGAAUCAAGCUCAUCAAAAGUCUCGGAGCGAAAUAAUAUAACUGAUGAAGAAAAGCAGAAGUUGUUAGGAAAAAAGCCUGGUACGAAUACUGAAAGGGCUGCGAUAGUAGAAAAGGUACUCGAAAAGGAAACAAAGAAUAUAGAAACAAGACCAUUUUUGAAAACUAUUUUCGAUUCUCUAGAUUGCAGCGAAAACGAUUAUAAAGCGCUAUUUGCACUAUGUUUGCUUUACGCGUUAAUAAAUAAUAAAGUGGGAGUAAAUCCGGAAUUGCUUGACACAUUACUAUAUUCGGAAUUAGACGAUGGAGCGAAACCUAAUACUUUAAGUAGUAAAGUAAAUGCCAGUGAGGAUGAAACAGGUUCAACUACGUCACAAGAAAGAAGUUCUAAUGAUGGAAAUGAUAAAUCCGAGAGUUUUAAUGCUCUUCUUAUAUCAAAACUAAUGGCGAUAGCUGUUCUCAGUUGUAAACCUGCGUCUAAAGUCAGGCUAGUAACAUGCGAGUUAAGUGUACGCUUGCUAAGGACGUGUAUGCAAGGAAGCAAAGGCGCAGUCAGUUCACGGCACAUUUCAAGCGUGGACAACUUGAGGACACGAUCCGCUGCACUAGCGAGGAACUUUUACAAAUGCGAUGACAUAUUCUUGGAUAUGUUUGAAGAUGAGUAUUGCGAAAUGAGCAAGCGGCCGAUAAAUGUGGAAUGGUUGUGCAUGGAUGCAGCGAUAUUGUUACCGCCGACGCGUACACCGAUGUCUGGGAUUGCUUUUGAAAAGCGAUUACCAAGUGGCGAAAUGGAAAGAGCCCGACGUGCAAUACGAACUUUCUUCUUAAUAAGGGAGUUGUAUUUGAAGUUGACAGGCAAACCAGAAACUCAGCUACCAUUAGCAAACCCAGCGCCUUUUGUACAAGUUGCCGAUAUAUUAGACCUUAAUGACUCCGACUUAAUAUCAUGCGACAUUAUACAAAAAGACGGCACUUGGCAGCAUCGUUUUCUAGCAGUUGAUAACAUCCAAGUUAUCUUGGUUGAGCCUGAUAAACAAAGGCUUGGCUGGGGUGUUGCCAAGUUGGUCGGCAGUUUGCAAGAUUUAGAAAUACAAGGCGACAAAGAUGAUCCGCGAUGUCUCCAUCUUACAAUACAUAAACCGCGUGUAGGCGCAAGCGCUGCGUUACCUCGUACAAUGUUAUUGCGUGCAAAGUUCAAAUUUGAUGACCACAUCCGCAGUAUGGCGGCGAAACAGCGACUAACAAAGGGCCGCACAAAGUCCCGACAAAAGAAAAUGCAGCAGAUUGGCCGGCUGUUAGAAGUGUCAGGUGUCGCUGCGCCCGCGCCGGCCGCGAGACAUAGGCCUCUUUUCGCUAGACCAGCUCUAUCUAGUGUCAGAAAACACUCAGGUAUCGACGGAGAUGAUAUGGAAAGGCGAAUACGCAGACCCAGUGGGCACGUGCUUAAAGACGGUAUUGUUGUGUACCGCGAACGUACUACUAGUCGGGAGAGCAGCAUAUCACGUACAAGUAGCGCUCAUACGUCACGGGAAGGGUCACCUAGAGCGCGAUCCGAAGAUAUUCCGCUAGAAGAUAUUAGAAGGAACCCUGGUAUAGCCGCCGCUGUACCUUCCACCAGUUCCAUUGGUAGGGUUCAACAGACAAUCCCAAGUACAUCACAGCACCCCAACCUAAAGAGUACAUCGUCCGAAGAAACCUCAUUUAUAUCAAAAGAACCACGGCCCAAACGGAAAGGGAUCGUCGAAACUAUAUGAUAUUAGCCUUAAAACUAUUGUUAAUGGCAAGGCCAUCAAAUGCGCCCAGUUUUAGUCUGCGGUGACAUACAAUUAAGCGUCCUACUUGCAACCAAUCAGGUAACCUGCUUAAACAAGCGCGGUUUUGAUUGGUUUUCAUGCAAUGUGGGCUAGUCGUAUUGCCUUGGCCUUACCUUGCUGUGCAACAUACUACCACAAUACAAAAAGUAUUUCCUGCCACAUAUAACUUACGUAGAGAAAAUUUGGAUCUUCAAGGCAAACUCGUUCCAAACUAGGCCUCAUCAAUAUUUUCAUUUAAAAUGCAAACAAAGGUAGGUAGGUAGAUGUCGGCGAUAUCUUUUCUGUUUUACGACAAUGUUCAUAAUGCAUAGUGUGAGAUUUUAUAAAUAUUCGAUCGUAUGAAAGUAAACUACGAUUUGUAUGGAAUUAAAAGAGCUCCCUCUAGUAAAAAUACUGUUUCCCAGUAUUGUAGUUAGAUGGCGCUUUUUAUAUUCCGUACAAAUCGUAGUUUACUUUCACGCGUUCAAAUAUGUAGAUGUAUGUAGAAAAUUUCACACUUUGCACUCAGUACCCUUGAAAAGAAAUAGAAUAUCUCCCAACACAUUGAGCAUUCGAAAGUAUUUUCGAAUAUCGAAAAUCAUCAAUGUCAAAGUAAAAUUCGAAAACGCUUUGAUUCGAUUCGAUUCGAUCCAGCGCUAAUAACAAAAGCUUUGUUCAAUUAAAUUUGGUAGAACGCAAUGUACGGCUUAAUAUUGUAAUAUCGGUCAUUCGGUCCAGUUUUUUUGAAGAUAUAGUAUUUUGAUGCUCAAAAAUCAUCUUUCCUUACGAGAUUUCAAUUUUGGUACUGAGGUCUUUUUGUAGUUUGUACUGUGUUAUAUCAAUGAUAUUGUAAAAUAAGAGGUAGAGACGUUGUUUGCGUUCUAAAAAUGGCGUAUGAAAACUUUGCUGAGUAGAGUCUUAUGUCUUAUAUACAGUGGCGGUACUACCAUACAAGCCGAAAAGCCGGGCUUGCGUUA